UGACUGGCGUAAGGCGUCUGCCCUAUCGGAAUAAAUUAAUGAACUCCCAAAAAAAUUAAACAAAACAUUAAAAUGGAAGAAAUAGAAUAAAAUAUUUAAUAAAAAAACACGCCAAUUCAAAUCACCUUUAAUUGGCUUGUUAAGUGUUAUUUCUAUGAAUAUUUGUGAUUGCAUUUCUUCUCUUGAUAAAAACAUGUCAGGCGAUCACAAAACAUUGAUAAAAGGUAGCCCAUCCCAAUAUGUUAAAUUAAAUGUGGGUGGUACCCUGUUUUACACUACAAUUGGGACUUUGACGAAAAGCGAUAAUAUGCUUAGAACAAUGUUUAGUGGUAGAAUGGAAGUGCUUACUGAUUCAGAAGGUUGGAUAUUGAUUGAUCGCUGCGGCAAGCAUUUUGGCACCAUUCUUAAUUACCUUAGGGAUGGUACUGUUGGUUUACCAGAUAGUUACAGAGAAAUAAUGGAAUUACUUGCUGAAGCCAAAUACUUUUUGAUUGAAGAAUUAACUGAAUCUUGCCAACAAGCAUUAGCCAAAAAAGAGAGAGAAGCAGAGCCAAUAUGCAGGGUUCCACUUAUUACAUCACAAAAGGAAGAACAGUUGCUCAUCAUGUCAACUUCAAAGCCUGUUGUAAAGCUGCUGAUUAAUCGACACAAUAACAAAUACUCAUAUACUAGUACCUCUGAUGAUAAUCUGCUAAAAAAUAUAGAGUUAUUUGACAAACUCUCACUCCGCUUCAGUGGAAGAGUGCUCUUCAUUAAGGAUGUCAUAGGAUCUAAUGAAAUAUGCUGCUGGUCAUUCUUUGGACAUGGAAAGAAGUGUGCAGAAGUAUGCUGCACUUCAAUUGUUUAUGCAACUGAUAAGAAACAUACCAAAGUUGAAUUUCCUGAAGCCAGAAUUUAUGAAGAGACAUUGGGUAUUCUGUUGUAUGAGAGCAGAAAUGGACCUGAUCAAGAUUUGAUUCAAGCCACAUCGUCUCGUGGAGCAGUAGGGGGCUUGUCAUGCACAAGCGAUGAAGAAGAGGAGAGGUCUGGCCUUGCCCGACUUAGAUCAAACAAGCAGAAUAAUCAGUCUUAGCAGUUACAGAACGGUUUGGCUCGCCUCAGAAGCUCCAAACGGACUAAUGUCUGAUACCUUGCUAGUUGUUCUCUAUAUUCGUGCUGGCUAACAUGUAUGGGUAUCCUGAAGUGAUAUUGGCUUCUCUAAGCCUGUGCUUUCUGUAGUAUCUUUAUGACUGCAGUGGAGUGUAGUAUGAGCAUUUACAAUUGAAAGACUUGAUCCAUAUCCUAAACUGGAACUCUUGUAGUAUCUAAAUGUUAUUCAUGUGAGUGUUGAUUGUAUGUAUACAUUAUUAAUUGUAAUGUGCAUGAAAUAAGUCGGUGUUUAAAAAUAAUGGAAAGAUCUUAAAAUGUAAGCAUUAAGUAUAUAUAAAUGGUAUAUACAUUUAAUAGCAUACCUCAAAUCAGUAUUCUCUAUGUAUGUUGAAUUUAAAUUGAAUGUUUAGAAAAACAUAAUAUUUCCUAUGAACUUGUAUAAUUAGAUUACCUUAGUCUUGUAGGAUGUCAGUGUUGUAGUGUUUUAUUCUAGCAUCCUCUUUUUUCUAGGCUCAAUUUAUAUGCCAAAUUGUUGUUGGUUAUACUAAAGUACUUUAUAAUAUAAAUUUAAUGUACCUGUAUGUUCUAAUAAUAAGAUUGCUCACUUUCAUUGAAUGAAUGUCUUCAUAAUGGAUGUAUAAUAAAGCCAACUGUAGUGUAGGAAAAUUGUAUCCUAUAUAGAGAGAUAGAUUAAAAUAGUGCCACAUGCAUCUUAAAUUAUUAUUGAAAUCAUUUUGCAAUUCUAUGAAGUAAAUAGUAUCUUCUUUUGUAACAUUUGAUAUUUUUUUAUUAAUUAGUAGCAUAAUUAUACUGUAAAGGAUAAGUCACUUAAUGUUCAUGUAUUUUUUAAGAUGACUCUAGUCCCAUAUAGAUAUGAUUUGUUAGUAAUUUAUUUUGUGGUAUUGUACAGUCAAUUAAAAUAAUUAUUGUACCUAGUUAUUUACUCAUUAAAACAAAAAACAAUUAUAUGCACUUGAUAAUGAGAAUUCCGAAAUGUUACUCUGAAAUAUAUGCUCAUGUUUAGAUUUC